CAGCGACCGGCGAUGCGCCGAAAAGAGGCUCCGACGAACACCGGAUGAAACCCGGGUUGUUGUGUGUUAUGGUGGUGUCGUGGCAGGCAAAAAGAAGGUGCACUUGUUCCUGGUUGUGCUAUUGCCAACAAUUUUUACAAGGAUUGCCGGUUCGAGAAGUUGACUGCAAAAGGCUCUAGGAAAGGAGAUAUUUGUUACUUAUGUCCCAUAGGUAUGGGUACGGGUGUCGGUACAGUUCUGCCUCCAAGCGUCAUGUGAAUAAAUUAGGCAUGCCCAGUUCAAUGGACCCAGAGAUGGAGAAGCACCUUGCAUCAAUGCUGAUACAAGAGGCAACAACAUUGCGUCAGCAGGCUGACAAGGAAGGAGUGCACAUUUACUUGCAACGGCCUCAGCAAAGGAGUAGACCAAAUUCUCGCUUUCUCUCUGCAACUGUUCUUGGAGUGCAACAAGCAAACCGUGUUACUGAAGUGAAUGAAAUGUGGAGGAUCAGGGAGAAAGAAUUGGAAUUAAAUGGCCAGUUAAAAAGUUCAGAUGGUAAAAGCGGCCACCACAGAUCCCCUGACCACGGUCACCAGAAAUGUCACUCUGCUGAUUGUUGCAGCACUUCAUCAAGGACUGACAGGAAGAGGCUUGACAACAAUAGCGAUAGUCCCUGCAUUUCAAAUUCACUGGUUUGUAGCAGUGGCUUUUCACCAGAGCAUGAUGGUGCUCUGAAAGAAGAGGAGUUGGAGGACUUCUUGAGAUCAAGGGCCAAGCGGGGAAGAGGUUCAGUGGGUUCAAGAAUGGACGAACCUGGCCCCUAUCUUCCAUCUGUACGAUCUAAUGAGAAAUCAGUAUCUCCAGAUUCAAGGCUAAACAAGGAGUGGGAACGCCACAUAUUUGGACCUGAUAAGCCUUCCUGGCUGAAUGUGCCCCAGGAUAAAGAUGAUAUGGAUCUGUCUAAACUGAGAAAGAAAGCUGCAAAAGAAUCCAAUCGUUCUGAGAAACGGAAGGUUAAAAAAAGUAAGAAGAAGAAACGACGUUAGAUGCAUUAUUGGCUGUUGUCAUUAGCUCUUCAGUGCUUCAUUUCUUCUAACCAUGGCAUGGUGAUCGUGGCUACAGCAGAAAAGGGAGGUAGGAUUGAGUUUUUUUUUUUUUCAAAAAAAGAAAAAGAAAAAGGGACAGGCUUGUUUCCUCUAGGAGUUUUGAGUUUUUAACAUUCAUGAAAGGAAGCUUCGCCAUACUUUACUGUCGUGGAUAUUACUGCCUGGAUCAGUACAAAUUGUCUUUGCACGUGUUAUAACACUGCUUUUGAACAAUAAAAGACCAAGUUUCCAAUGAAAUGAAAUUAACUAGUGUUGCUGUA